CGGAAUGACCAGCACUUGUGUAGAAUGUGGAAAUUCUGUACAAAAUUUAUAUACCCAAUACAGUAAAGAUAAUAUUCGAUUGACAACUUGUCAUCGUUGUAAUAAAUUUGCAGACAAAUAUAUUGAACAUGAUUUUAUUAUUAUAUUCAUCGACAUGUUAUUGCAUAAGCCGCAAGUAUAUAGACACCUUUUAAUUAACAGAAUAACCGAACAAGACGGCGUCGAACCGCAUGUAUUUAGGUUUGCAAUACUGCUGAUCCUUUUUGAGGUUUACAUCAAAUGGUUUAGAUUAGAGAGAUAUUACACAGAAUAUGAUUCAAAAUUCAUUCAACAACCACUUUAUUAUCAAUACCUUUACAUUUUAGCACUUUGCAUAUUCGAGUUCAUUGUAUUUCAUUGCUGUAUCAACGUUGCUAUCAGAUGGUACUUCCGAAACCAAGAGAAGAGGAUAAGGUACAACUACGUUUCGAUGGCAUUGAUUAUAUCCAGUUUUGGGAAAAUGCUGUUAAUCUUGAUGGUUAUCUGGGAUUACAAGCAGUUAGAGUAUUCAUGGCUGGUCAGUAUCAUUGUCUUGGCUUCCAACACAGAAGCAUUAUCGGUGUACAUGGAUAUACCCUAUUUUCAAACGUUAAUGAUAAUUUCAUUUGGUAUACUCGGUAGAAUUUGUGCGCAAUUUUUAUUUUUAAACCUGACGUAUUUCGACGAUACUAUUGAAGGCGUCUCUUACCUUGCAAAGUCAAGAUGGGUAAGCAUAUAAAAAAUAAAGAAAUCAUUUGUCUAUUGAGACGGGUUUUUAUAUUGGUAGCGCUACUUGGUUGUUGAAUGUGGAUAGAUGACUACCGAAUGUCAUUUCUCUUUACCUAUAUUUUACCGCGUCAUUAUUUGUUACUUUGGUAGAGCUGUAAAAGUUGAGACAUCAUGUGUUUUAUUUUUUAAACAUUUGACUUUAAUGACGGUAGAGAAUUUAAAGCAACGCCGACUAUCCAAGAAUCUAAUAUGCUGCGGAUAUUGGCGGUUAUGCAGUUGUCGAGAGACAAGAUUUAGUUUACCGGUUAGUGCCUAACAAAUACCAAUAUGAAAAAUAAUGAGGUUCAACUUAUUUUAUAAUAUGAAACUUCACUGAAUUAUGUAAUAUUUUACUUUUCACGCUGCUUUCGAAGAGAUAACUACUUAAUAUUCACUCACACCUGGAUAAAAUGCAUCUCAUUUUGA